UCUCUCUCUCUCGUCGUCGUCAUCGGUGCCUUCCUCGCGGCGACGGUGGCGGCGGCGUCAUCCCCUCCGCGCAAGCUCCGCUUCCCGGGCUAUUGAUCCGCGCGCGUUUCGGCCGACGUAGACGAUCGGCGUAGAGUGCCGCGGACGACGGGCCGCACGCCGCCCGUAAAUAUUCCUUCAGUGCAUCGUGACCGACAGACUUACGCGGGUAAAAGCGUCCUUUUAGCGAUCAGACAUCAGCAGCAUCAGCGACAGCAGCAGCGGCGGCAGCAACAGCAGCAGUAGCAGCGCAGCUGAAGAUGGUCAGUGGAGUGACAGAAGGUGGGCCUCUGAUUCGACCCGUCGAGCCCGUCUCGACGGCGACGCUGGUGACGCUAUGCAUCGGCGCCGCUUUUCUACUUUGCGCCGUCGCGAUGACCUGGUGGCUCUGCCGACGACGUCGCGAGCACACCAAGCUAAACUCCGACAAGUCCCUGGCGUUCAGACCGCCUCAUCGGAAGCCGACGGCGGUCAAGAGCCCUGGUAGCACGAGCCACUACCUGAAGAAGAGUCCAUCGCCAACGGGACCGGCCAAGAGCCCUCCCGGCUCCGGCGGACAGACGCCGAGCCCGACGGGGUCGCAGUCCUCGAACCCGGCUUCGCAACCCCGAACGCCGCAAGGCGCAGGUACACCAGUGCAAACGCCACCUGUCGAAGUUGCUGUGAGCAUAGAAAACGAACGCGAUAAGGCCGAGCUGGAGAACAACGAGAAGGUAGAACGCGAGAGGAGCCAGACAGCCGAGAACGACAAGGACAAUUUGGGCCAGCUGGUCUUCAAACUGCGAUACCGCAGCGAGCAGAACGCGCUCGCCGUCACAGUGGUGAAAUGCAAAGGACUGCCUGCCAGGGGUCAGCAGAAUGCCACUAGUGAUCCUUAUGUGAAGCUACAGUUGUUGCCCGACAAGCAACAUCACGUAAAGACCAGAGUGCUUAGAAACACGAGGGAUCCGCUGUACGAUGAAGAUUUCACGUUCUUCGGCAUAUCGCAGAGUCAGCUUCAGAAAAUCAGCUUGCACUUCAUCGUGCUGAGUUUCGAUAGAUACUCGCGCGACGAUAUCAUCGGAGAACUGACAUGCGCUCUAUCAUCAGUGCCUGGCUUGGAAGACGCGGAUAAUCAAGAGAUAUCUCUCUGUCGAAAAAUAUGUCCCAGGAGUCUGAAGAUACAAUCGCAAGGCAGAGGAGAGUUGUUGGUAUCUCUGUGCUGGCAACCUGUCACCAGCCGACUGACGGUGGUGGUGUUGAAAGCGCGUAAUCUACCCAAGAUGGAUGUGACCGGGCUAGCCGAUCCGUACGUGAAGAUCUACCUUCUGUACAAUCAGCAACGCAUCGCUAAGAAGAAGACGCACGUGAAGAAACGCACGCUCAGUCCAGUGUUCAACGAGUCCUUCGUCUUCGAUAUACCGAAUGGCGCGGACGGGCUCAACAAUGUCAGCCUGGAAUUUAUGCUUCUGGAUUGGGAUAGAGUUACGAAGAACGAGGUGAUCGGCCGGCUCGAGUUCGGUGGACCAAAGUGUCAAGGCUCUGCUGUGAACCAUUGGAAGGAAGUGUGCAACUCACCGCGACGACAGAUAGCCGAUUGGCACAAACUGCGGGAGUAACCAGUCUCUCCCCCCUCUCCCCUCUCUCUCUCUCUCUCUCUCUCUCUCUCUCUCUCUCUCUCUCUCUUUAGUCCUACGUAUCAACCCGAGCCCCCGUCUCUAGUUUCCCUAGAUCCCCGUAUCUUUCUCUGCUGUGAAACCACCGAUCCGACCCUUGAAACCCUACGACGAGGUAGGGCGUCUGUUUUGUAAACCUAAUACUCGAUGUAUAUUAGGCUUGAAGCAAACGGCUCGUCCACCCAUGAUCGCUGUCACCGUGCGACAGAAGAUUAAUACCGAUUAAUUUAUCUUAGGAUCAUUGCGUUACUCGAUAAUUUUCAUGCUAGUUCGAAUGAGAUAACUUUUGGUCCCGGAAACGAAGCGUUGACCGUUAAUGAAUCAGCACGGCUGAUCGAGGGGACGUAAUGACGAGCGAUUGCGGGGUGACAGCUUACAGGAUGCUUUACGAUAUAAAUAUAGCCACUAAGAUUCCCGACCAGUUGACGUAACGAGACCACGGGGAAGAAGUUUCGGUGCGCGUGAAGCGAUCGGCUCUCCGACUGUAUCGAUGUGUCACAUAGAUGAAAAUGAGGCAACGCCCUUACACCCUCGAUUGGAAUUCGGCUGAAUGUACAUACGCGCUGAAGAGAAAUGCACAUCGUUGCGUGCUGACGAACGUCUCGCGCAAGAUUCACGAGCCUCGAUGAAUUUUGCGCAUAUGAUGGAUGACCUUGAGCGCAACGUCGGUGCGUAAAUCGAUGCACUAGCGUCCAGCCGAAUUCGCUGUUAAUUUGCUUCAUUUGAUCUAUAUGAUUCACCGCGUUGUCAAGCACGAAGUCGCGCAUUGCGCGCGUUGAAAAGCGUGUAUAUUGUACAGUGGCGUAACUACGGACUUUCGAUUCUCAAAGAAAUGGCUGAAGAAGCUCUUCUCCUAUUCUGCUGCCUUAACACAAUUAAAAAAAAGAGAAAAAAGGAUACUACGAUGAGAGUUUACUCUGUGGAGUUUAACAUGUACGUACAAACGUUUAUUUAACUGAGAGACGAGAAAGGCUUAUAUUUUCUUAAAGUUUAUAAAUUUUAUACUCUGAAAUCUCUUAUUCUUUGAAUUUUCUUCAGGUCCAUAACGUCGGAGAACUCACUCGAAUAUAUAUUGUCUUGCCGCUCUUGAUACAACAGUUACGCCACUGGUUUAGCGACAUACACAAUGUUGAUGACAUACAAUUACGAUGAGACGACGAGUUUAUUUCGUUAAUGCGAGACGUGAGCGAACGUGAGUGCGACGCGCACCGUCGUCGUUGCGGAGAGACUGACGAAAGUUCAAGACUCGUAUCCUCGUCUACGUCUAUCUAACGCUAAACGCGGCUGUCUGAUUUCAAGUAUCCGUUUACAUCAUGUGUAAUAUACUAACGCAUUAAGACUUAGAGAAUUGCAGAAUCGAAUGAAUCCGAGAUUGCGACGCGUCGGCGAAUACGUCGUAGGAAGGGAGAAGUCUUGAAUCCGCGUCGUUCCGUUGAUAAUUGUCCUACGAUUAUCGCCAUGAAACGAUAAUAAUGAACGAAGAAAGGUGUGCGCUAUUGUUUUUAAGAGUAGCUGGACUACGAGUUAAUCUCGAUCCGCAUCGCGAUUGUACAUAUGUAAUAGACGUGACGCGAAAGGUGGCGAAUUUACUUGAUUCUUACGUAAUCGGCGAGAAAAGAGAUUCGACGUAACGUGAGUGUGACAUGCAUCGUAUGCAUCAGAAGCACGAUGGUUGGGGAACGCGAUACAUACCAUCCCUGCUCGUCACAGUUUGAUAUAUACUUCAAAUAGAUUACAAAUCGCAACGUUAAAAUUGACUUUUACUUUUUACACUACGCUACCGUCGGCACGCUCUGUGUUACAUACCGAUCCUGCUGCUAGUGCUCUUGUGCCGAUGAGAUCGAUUAACGUCCAAGUCGACGGAUCGCGGAUCGGUAAACAGCGCGACAUUCGUUUCGAACGUGAAAGUCAAUAAUCAGCAACGCAUAAUUAACGAAUGCUUAUUUUUUUAUCGCAAUCCACCGCUCUCCACAGUGCGAGACUUGCCCAAUCUACGAGAUCAUCUUAUAAAUAUAUAAAUAUGAGUGAAACGUUCAAUUCUUUAUACAAGGGUGUUUGAAAACUGUAGGUAAAGACUAAAUCAGCUGACGAAACUUGCAAAAACAAAUACGAAAUUUCAAUGAUAACAAAACAAUUGUUUUAACCAAUAUAGAAAGUUAAGAAGAGUUUUAAUCAAUGACAUAAAGUCUUAAUAAACACAGUCUCGUGGAUUAAUCGCGUUUUUUCAGAUGCUCAAUGUACGCGUAUUCGCGAUGUUAUUUACUUUUUGUACAAUUUCGCGAAACAAAUUACACAAAAACUUUCACAGACAUCAGAAUCACGAAGAAUCGUUCCCAUUAUCGUCUCUGUUUUGUACUCCACUUUAUAUUCAUCGAGGAUAAAAAGCCGAUACAUAGUCAUAUUUUAUACAUUGUAUAUAUUAAUUUUUGCUUAACAUAAAAAAAUCGAUAUUUUCCAUCGCGAUAAUCCAAUGUCGCUGAUUGAUCUAUGGGCUGGAAGAGCAUAAGCGUCUUUCUCGAUACACAGAUUAAUCAGCGACAUUGGAUUAUCGCGAUGGAAAAUAUCGAUUUUUUUUUAUGUCAAGCGAAAAUUAAUAUAUACAAUGUAUAAAAUAUGAUUAUGUAUCGGCUUUUUAUCCUUGAUGAAUAUAAAGUGGAGCAUAAAACAGGGACAAUAAUGGGAACGGUUCGUGAUUCCGGUUUGUGAAAGGUUUUUGUGCAAUUUGUUUCGCAAAAUUAUACAGAAAAUAAAUAACAUCAGAAGCGCGCGAGUCUCAGCUUUACAACAGUUUUUGUUGGAGGUUAUUAUGAUGCCUAUAAGUGGAGAUAUCGAUUUUUUUGUUAAAUCGCGCGCUCAGUCUGCUCAAUGCUUUAACGACUCGACGUCGCGCGGAUCCACCACGCGCCUUACGCAACGCGUGAUGUCGUCCGCAUUCCAUCAGGCCCCGUUAUGCAUAGUAAGCGUAACCAUAACAAAACAGAAUACCGAAUGGAACACGGCCUUGCCCCCACUCCGUACCAUGUUAGCCGCUAGGCCAUGCCAGACGGCUUCUCGUGCCCGCACAGUGCAUAGUGCCCCAUCUAGCGAUAGCGAUCGCUACUACUAAACGAACAGAAACUUCAAAGGGCCAUAAAACUUGAUCUGUAAUGUGUUAUUUGCUUCCUGCUUCUUUCUCUUUCCCCUUGGCCACAAUCUUGCUUUAAUUCUUAAGCCGUAAGAAAUUGACCAACCACAGUUGAUUAUUUUUAAAAUAAUCGACUGUGAUUGAUCAAUUUAUUACGGCUUAAAGAUCGAAGCAAGAUUGUGGACAAGGGGUUUAUCUGAAUCAAAUCUUAAGUUUUAAGCCAUAAAAAGACAGAAGACAAGAAACAGAACACAAAGAGCAUAUUGUAGAUCAGGCUUAAUUCAGCAAAAAAUUCACUUAGAGACACGCAACAAUCGCAACACGCAACAGAAAACAAUCAGCUUAGACCGAACAAAACAGCUCUUUUCUUAUAGUCGGAGCUUGAACCAAAUCAUACUGUUCUCCCUUUUAUCAUUAAUUUGGAAAGAAUGAUUUAAAAACAAACAAGAUAUAAUCCAGAAAACUUUCUACAAAAUGCACCCUGAAACUCAGAUUGAUCCAUUUAACCGAGAUACUUUCGUACGAGCAACUGUAUAUUUGUGUUUACGUGGAUUGGGUGAGUUCUCUCGACUGUACGCUCCAUCCGCCAUCGUCCUUCCUUCGAGACGAGAAAGGACGAAGCGCGAGAGGACCGCUAUGCACGCGGGAAGAUGAUACGUAAACACGUAGGACUGCGAUCCUUGCGAGGACGGGAAGCGAAGUGAAAAGUGUGACGUAUGUGAGGAACGUAAUCGGAUUGCGUGAUCGAAAGUAUGACAAAAAAGUCGCAAUAUAUCACACGAAGACUCAAGAGAUACACCGAAUAAGUUUUACGUACGUUUUAAGAUAGCGAACACUACACGUCGCCGUCCUAUACGGCGAUCCACU